AUGGACCAGCGCUCUCGUGGUGGCCGUCCGAAUCGCCGGAAAACUCUUCCUACUUCCAGCAUCCAGUCUGAUACCAGCGCCGGCGGCGAGUCAAACUCGAGCAUCAUGACGCGCUCUCCUCCCGUUGCUGCCUCUCGCACUCCUCAGACGGCUCCUCCAAAUCGCCGCAACGCAAAGCCCAUUCCCAUGAAUAACCCCUUCAGCGUCCGCUCAUCUCCCAGCACAGGCGGUCCUGGUCCUGGCCCUGGCAAGGCUCUUAGAAAGAGAUCUCGCACCAGCGGCUUUGACGGACCCGCCGAUGAAGAAGACGAGACCUACCGCAAGGGCCCUCACACUUUGAGAAAGCGUGCCAAAAUCGACUACUCCGCCGCAGACUUUGAGGAUGAGCUGCCCGAGAUUGCGAUCCCGGCUCCUCGCACUGCUACCCGCAAGAAGCGGGCUGAUAGUGAAGUCGUCGACGAAGAGUACUACACUCCCACGGCACAGAAACGCCGCGCCAACUCGAGAGAAUUUUCCGUCGCUAGCAUUACCGCCGCUCGUCGUCGGACACCGGCCCGGAAGAACGUCGUCGAGCAACAAUCCUUCUACUCUCAGCAAUCAGACGAAGAUAUUGUCAAAGACACUAUUGAAGUGGUGGGCGAUUCUUCUGACCUCAUCAGCUCCGAUGAUGCAUCUGAACAUGAUGACAAUGACAAGGACAUCUCCGGUCACGCCUCCCUUCCAGAAACCCAUGACCACCAGCUCUCGUCACCCAUCCAGCGCAAGACUCAGGUAAUACUUCAGCUGGCCUCUCCCAUUGACCAUCAGAUCAUCAAGCAGGAUGAGAGUCAAUCGAGCCAAGCACAACCCGUCCCCGACGACAUUGUUACCGCCGCGAAUGUGGUGUCAAGCCCUAUCAUUGCGCACCCUCAGCCCAUCCGCGUCAACCAAGUCACCAUUUUCGGAAACAUUGGCCCCCGCCCAGACACCGAGGCGACAGCAGUUCAUCAUGGCGAAUUCGUCGAAGACUAUUCUAUCCAGCCCAAGAGAGAAGCCAGUUCUCCCGUGCGGCCUACUGAGAGCGUACCGCAAAGAACGGCUCUACCGGAGAUGGCUGAGCCGGCAGCCAACACCGACUCUGCUGUUGUCUCCGGUACCCAGGAAAAUUCCGCACCAGCCGUUACUCAGAUUUUCAACGCCACCAACACCAACACCGACCAUGUCAACGUCGCACAGCCGAUUGAAGAACCACGAGAGUCUAUCGCCGAUGUGUCAACAGAGGACGCAAAGGUAAAUAGUCAUGCUGAAGCGACCGAAAAUAAGCUUCCGCCUCAAGAGGAGCCGUUGAAUACACAAUCUACCGCCCCUUCACAAGAUGUCGACGUCUCUGUAUCAUUCACGACUCAGUCCGAGGAUUUGUCCCGGCCCCAAGACGAGAUGGACGUUGACAUCGCAGAAGAACCCGAUGCAGAGAUGCAGGAUGAUAUUGCUGUUCCUGAACCCAAAGCAGCAUCCCCGCAGCCCCAGCCCGCCGCUCCUGAGGCGAAAAAGAAGCGCCAUGCGUGGUCCCACCUUACACCUUACAUUGAUGGCGAAUAUGUCACCCACUCCAUCUACCCCGUCGCUGUCGAAGCGUCUGCGCCCACUUCAAACGUCGACGCCGCUGAAGCUUCCGGCGAGCGAGAGAACGCUGAAGAGACGCCCGAGGAUGCCAAUGCGAUUGCUCAUGGUCAAGGUGCCGAAGCAGACGCAGAGGAUGGCGCCAAUGUCGAUGCGGACGGUGAAGUUGACGACGCUGAGCGCGACGCCGAACACGAUGAGGAUCUCGCACCCGACAGCCAGGGUCAGCAACUUUCCCAAGGAUCCGCUUACAACUCGGCUGCCCCGACUCCCGCAUUGACGCCCCGGCAAGGGUCGCCAGUCGUGCCCUCGGCUGCCACUGGAACCAGCACACCAGCCUUGAUGCCCAAGCAGCGGUUCAGAAAACAGUACAGAUUCAAAAAGGUCAGAGAUCCUACCGAAUUCCUAGCCUUCUUGAAGGACUCUGAGGACCUUCCCCAAGAGGAGCUCUGGGACCUUCUGGCUCAGGCGAACGAAUGCCUCCUUGCCUAUCAAGAAGAGUACAAGGAGUGCAGCAGGAUCGUAGACGAUCAAGAAAAUGCCCAGCGUCGCGCAAUUCAAGAUGCCGCCUACGAAAAGAAGACUGCCGACUUGAAUGCCUUUGCCAAGGUAGACUCAUACAUGGAAAAGGAGUUUGAGGUGCAGGGCUCCCGAGCCACGAUCAAGGAGAAAGACGCCGGGAUUCUCGAACAACGCUUGCAAGACAGGAUCAUGGCCGCUACGUAUCACUUCGAGUACGAUCCUCACCCCAACAAAGUCGGCAACCAAGAUCCCGGCGCCCAGAAGGGUGGUGGAGGAGAGGGUGUUCGCCAACUUCGAAGCCAGCCGCAAGCAAGCGCCAAGGCUGCCGAGGGCGAUGGAGUCAUCGUCUCUGGCAAGAGAACUCGCAACCCCCCGAAGUUGUUUGACGGCGUGUUACAGGACGACCACCGUGCAGCAACUCCGGGAAGUAACAAACCAGGCCCGAAGAAACGCGGUAGGGCCGCCGCUGCAGAGAAGGCGGCAUCUGCUCAAGACCCCGAUGAGGAGCCUGAGCCUGAGCCGCAAACAAUAUCACCUGCCAAGCCCGGCCCCAAAAAGAGAGGACCGAGGGGUAGGAAGUCUGCUGUGGUGGUCUCGGAGCCGACUUCGCCUGUUCCCGAAGAAGAGGCUAUCGUCCCGCCGCCGGAGCCAGAGCAGGUACAGCCUCCCAAGCGCAAGCGUGGCAGACAACCAAAGUCAGCCGCCAUUGUCGAGGAGGAGCCAGAAGAGCCCGAGAAACCGACCCCCAAGAGAGGUCGCGCAGCGCAGCGAAAGAGCAACGGUCAUGUUGCCGUUGCUGCACCCGAGACAACCGACGAAUCUCGCCCUACCUCGGCAUCAUCCAUGGCCACUAUCUCGGACGCCGGAUCUACCUACGGACUGCGCCAGAAGAAGCGACAGCGAAACUGGCAGGAUGAGGAGGAAGUCGACGAGGAAGAAGUGGAGGCCGAACCCCAGCCCAAGAAGGCACGCAUCAUUCGCAUUAACAGAAAGCAAAGCGCACCGGAGCUCGCACCCAAGGAGACGUUGAGCGAACACAUUCUAGCUGACAUACACCGCUUCGCUGCGACUCUCGAUACACCCGAAUCACCUCUGCCCCGGCUGAUAGUGUCCUUCAAGUUGAUCAACAACGGCUCCAGAUGGACCAUCAAGCCCCCAGCCUCACCGCGCCAAACAUCGACCGACGUCAGCGAGUACAACCUAUCGACCCCUCGGCCAGCCCCGAUGUCUGCACCUACCUCGGCCAAGUCAUCAGCCCCGCCUAGCCAGGCCGAAGGGGAGGAGAAGGAUUACUCCACCAUGACCAAGUCGGAGAAGAUGUCCGCCUCGAUGAAGAAACGAUGGCUCAAUGGCAGCAUGCAGGGCGCUGUCAAUAAGCGAAAAGCCACUCUGGCUGCGAAAAAGGCAGCUGCUGCCGCAGCCGAAGCUGAUGCGGCCCGAGUCGCUCAGCAGAAAGCUAUGCAACUCCAGCAAUCUGGACAACCGGCACCCUUCCCCAUGGGAAAGGGACAGUAA